GCGCCAUAGCUUGCUAUAGAUAGUCUAUCAUAGUUCACCAAAUACACUUCUCAGUUCAGUUCGCCAUGUGGGUGUGUGUCGCGACCUCGUGCGUGCUGGUAAUCUUCUUCGCUUUGAUCAACGUGGCUGUUGCCCUCCGUGGGCAAGCACACGAGCAUGGGCAAGCUCAAGACCGUGGGCAUGAGUUCCGUGAGAAGAAAUAUACCUAUGAUGAUCAGGUGGCAGGUGGAGAGCUAAAGAAGCUCCAGGAAGAAUAUGCGAAGUACACAUCCUUUUCCCAGGAACCUCCAUGGUGGGAGCAUGGGUUGGAAAUGCAGGAAGUUGACUCCAAAGCCAAUGCGGAUGUACCAGAUCAUGACAUUGCCAACUACAAGGGCCCAACAGUUUACAAGUAUGAAGAGUACAAGAAGCCGUCUGAUCCCACUUUUCUGCCAUAUACCGAUGUGGUUGACAAUACGGAGUCCAUCGCGGCCUUUGAAGAUGUUUUGCAUUUGAUGCCAAAAGAAGGCCUUUUGGUCGACAUCGGUGGAGGUAGAUACGACUCAGCCACCAAGUGGGUGGAAAGCAAGACCAGCAUGAACAUGAUGGUGGCUGAUCCUUUCAAUCGGCCCGUGGAGCACAACAAGGAAGUACAGGCCUCUGUGGCCAAACACGGUGGUGCUGACAUGGUAACUUCCAUGAGCGUUCUCAAUGUGAUUCCAGACUUGCCGAGUCAGAUUUGGCAUGUUUGGCUGGUCCAUCACAUCUUGAAGCCCGGUCAACUGGCCAUCUUCAAAUUCUACGCGGGUUUGUGGCCCAUCCGAGGCACCCGAGUGCAGACGGUGUCAGCUCCCUUGGUAGAUCCAACAGCAGCCAACUCUCAAGCGCAGAACAAUGCCUUUGCGGAUGCCUAUGUGCCAGUGAUCGCCAAGGUCUUUGGGGAAGCCAACAUCUUUGCAGAUUCCAACCUCAAUACCAUCUUUGCCCGCAAAGCAUCUGACUAACUGCGCCAG